AUGUAUCACGUGACCGAGUAUCAAGUGACAUCAGAUUAUAUAAUCGCACGGGGGAUCACGGGAUCUUCAACCACUGAAACAGCAUGGAUUUCAACAUACGACUCUCCUCCUCAAGUCCUUCAUCUUACAACCUUGGAAGACACCGUCGCCAUGCUCUCUCGUAACGUCGCCCGCCUGUCUCAGCGUUUUUCGCCAAUUCGCUCGGCCGCUCAACGUCGCUUCAACAGUGCCGAGGCCAAGCCAUCUUGGAUUGUCGACAACGAAUUCAACCGUGAGCGUGCUGCUGUCAAGCACCACGCUGCCUCUACCAGCGACCUUUGGCGCAAGCUUUCGAUCUUCGCUGUUAUUCCCUGCCUGAUUGGUGGUGGUGUUAAUGCCUACAACCUCUGGUCUGAGCACUGGGAGCACUGGGAGCACAUGCCCCCUCUUGAGGAGCGAACCGAGUAUCCCUACCAGAAUAUUCGCCAGAAGAAUUUCCCCUGGGGUGACGGUGAUAAGACCAUUUUCUGGAAUUCCGAUGUCAACUACCACAACAAGGACAAGGCUACUUGA